AUGAAGAAGUUGAAGGUUUCAAGAGCAGAUGAGAAGCCUGAAUUCACAUUCUACACUACUCUCCAAAGCAAAUAUGUAUCUUAUGAAGAGUUAUCAAAGGCAGUAAAGAAGCGAACGCUGAUUCUGAAGCGUGUUGAUGAAGACCGGGUAUUAAAGAUGAGAGCUGGUACAAACAUGUCAGAAGAUGUCAUUUCGCACUUUUUGUGUAGGAUGGUGUAUUCACAGACACAAUGGGCAAGCACGUGGUUUGUAAAUGCAGAGACAAAUCUUUUUCGUGCAAAACUCACAAACGAUGUGUCAGGAGCCAAUGAGUUUUUUUUGAACACUGUACUGCCUUGCAUGAACAAAGUAGAUAUUACUGGUGAUGCAUUGUUUGUAAGUGCCAGAAGUAUGUAUGAUCCAGACUCAAAGCAUGUUCAGAAUGAAAUACCUCAGGAUAUUUUUGUACACUUUACUAAGGUGAUUGAUCUUGUUGGUAAGAGGACAGUUACACUUGAGAAUGGGUAUGUCAGAUUAGAUGAUCAAGGCAUUCGGUCUUUCCUUGUGAAUGAGUUCAGAAUGCAUUUAGAGAUGAAAAUGUGUGAUCUAGAGGAUAUAUUCCACAAGGACCAUGAUGAAAGGAUGGGAAGGCUUCUAUCUGAGGUAAUGGUGAGUACACCAACAAGACAGCAAGAUGUUUCUGGCUUUUCGUUAUCUACCUCAGAAAGAUAUUUCCCUCUGUGCAUUCAAGACAUAAUGGCGAAGCUAAAAAGUAACAAGCACUUGAAGUAUAAUGAUAGACAAAUACUUUGUCUUUUUCUGAAAGAUUGUGGAAUGAGUGUUUAUGAUUCAAUAGAAUUUUUCCGGAGUUCGUUCAGCAUUGACAAGGACACGUUUAGUAAGGACUAUCUUUAUUCGAUAAGGCACAAUUAUGGACUUGAAGGCAAACGUGCAAACUACACAUGCUUCAACUGUACAAAGAUGUCGAAUACAGUCAAUGAGUUGAGAGUAAGCAGUUGCCCUUUUGUUGAAAAUGAAGCAUAUGUAAGGCAGCAGGCUCAAGUGCAUCAGAUUGACAUUGAAGAUGUUAUGAAAGCAGACACAUUUAGAGGCAAAUGCACAAAGUUUCUUGAAAAGUUAGUUCUGCAAAGACAAGAAAGAAUAAUAACGACGCCAGUGAAAUAUUACUUUGAAUACCGAGGAGAAGGAGAUGGAAAGCAACCAUCUGGAUGA